AUGAUGCCAAAGGAGAUGAAGGCUGGAGACAGCAAAACAGGCAGUGACUGGUUAGUGGAGGCCCAGGCCCGGGACACAGCCUUCUCUGCACUAGACUAUUACACGGUCCCUUCAGCUCAAGCACGGCAACUUGCCCGGGACAGAAAAUGCCGUGUCAAAAGCAAGAGUAAAAAGCAAUCGUCCUCGGAUCAUCGCCGGAACUCCGCAUUGCCCUUGCAAUGGAGAAUGACACAUAGCUCCCGCUGGAUGGCGCAGGUGGCAGCCUCAGAGCUCAGCCUAGUGGCCUUCAUCUUCAUGCUGAUCAUGGUCUUCUCCAAGACAUGGUUACACCCCUCCGGGAGCCGCUUCUAUAAGCGCUAUCCCAAGGAUAUAAACAACAUCAUCCACACCUCAGUCCACGUCAUGUCCCUGGGGCUGCUGUAUACCUGCCCAGCUAAGAGCUGUUCCCAAGUAGAAAAUGAGAAAGACACUUUUAAGAUAUGGACGAAUCACCCAGUCUUUGGGGUAGCCAAAGUAAUCUUCAGCUUGGCCCUGGGGAUAGGCUUCCUGCUCACCAUCUGGUUGCACUUGCCGUACCUGCCCGGACUUCAGAAAGUGCCCGCCUUUGGCUUGAUUGGAACCAUCAUGAGCUUCUGUGAAGUCACCCUCAUUUUCUCUGUCCUCCUGUUGUACCCUAUUAACCUCUGGAUCUUCGAGGUGAAGAAGAAUCUGUCUGUUCCCCUUGGUUGGAGCUAUUUCAUUGGUUGGCUGGUAUUUAUCCUAUAUGUCAGUUGUGGAAUCCUUUGCUAUUUGAACUACAGAACUUUCUGGAGUGUGAUUGUGAACUAUCCCUCUCACACCGGGUCCUGCAGUAUGAGUGGCGGCUCAGUGAAAGACACUCUGAAUGAUCAGACUAUAUCAGAAACCAACCAACAGAAGUUCCUGGAUCGUGAGCAAAAGAAUUAUACAUCUGCCAAGUUAUCCAUUCACCUAAAUCCUUCUUAUGACCAUUCCCCCAAAUCUUGA